AUGAGAAUGCCAGGAUCUUCAGUUGAGAAUGUUAUAUCUAUUUUUCUUUUCGAUAAAGAAUAUAAAAAAUUGGACAUCGAGCAUGCAGGCUAUUGUCAUGAAGAUGAUGAAGAAAAAAUAGAUAAUGAAUUAAAAACAUAUACUCUUAUUAGUGAUAUUUCAGAGAAAAUUAGAAACGCUAUGUGCUUCUUGCGUAGUAAAUCAAAAACAAAAAUUGAUAAUAAACUUAGUAGUAUAUUUUACAUCUGGUUAGGAAAUAAAAUGAUUGAUGUUGUAAAUAAUGAUGAUGAAUUUAAUUCAUAUAUAUCUAACUGUUAUAAAAUACUGAAUACAGGUUAUGAUGCAGAUGAAUUUGAAAAACCUGUAAAAGCUAUUAGUAGAGAUAACUUUAGAAAAAUUAAAUUAUUUCAUGAUUAUUCUCUACAUCAUGAUAUAAUUAAAUUCUUUUUAGAGCAAAAGGAAUAUUCCUGUUCUAGUGAUUUUAAAGAAUAUCUUCAAGACGCUGUUUCUACGUACAUACAAAUAUACAGAGAGUGUACUUCUACAACAAAAAAUGAUUAUUGCGAAAUAUAUGAGAAAAUAAAGGCUGAAUAUCCAAAUAUUAAAAAUGAAUUAAAUACACUAGUAUGUAAGGAAAAUAUAGCACCAGCCGUGGAAUCACCCUUGAGUACAACCCAUGAAUCUGAAGAUUCAUUAGGGUCAGAAAGUGUAUUACUUCCUUCUGGUGAAACUCGAUAUGAGUCAUAUAAAUAUAUAUUCAUUACACUUUUACCUGUCUUGGCUUUUAUUCCAGUUGCCAUGUGGUUAAUUAAAUUAUUUAGAAAUAAUGAAAAAUUGUGGCAAAACAUAAAAGAAAUAUGGAGAGAAAAAUUCGAACAAAAUUUAUUUCAACAUUCUGCACCAUAUUAUGAUAGUAAUGUUUUUAAAAUACCAUAUUUCACUUAA